UUUGGCAGCCUUUGAGUGCCGGGCAGAGGGAGGAGGGGUGGUCCUGUGCCUUUGGAUCCGCCCUAUGGAUGCAGCGGAGCCAUUUAACAUUGCAAUCUCAGCCAGCUUCACGGCGGGGCGAUUGCACAGCCUGCUCCAUGUAGAUUCAUCAUAGCACUGAGACUAUACUGGCGAGACGAAGCAGCGAAUAUAGCCGACUGGGGCGCUCACGCAGCAAUGGCAGGGCUGACUUCUGUUUAUCUAAUGCAGGCUCCGAAUUUCAUGAAGAAACAACCACGGCGAAAGGGCUUUUGAAAACACGUUUAGUAUAUUUUAGGUAUUUUAUUUCGCUAUUUAAUGAUGCAUUGUUUUUACUUGCAUUGUUGCAGCCAGAAUCAUGCGUGCAGCUGAUUCUGCGAUGGGAAGCAUUGUUGUUUGAAGUGGAGUGGAAGCCGUCAGCCUUAUCAUCUGAAUACCUAUUGUAAGAAAAUUGCAGCAAAAGUGUGAGACAUUCUCCACUUUGGGCGUACGUCGCGUAUGAGCACAGUGAUCAUUCAUCGCUUUCAACUGGAAUUGCAUCUGUUGUUCUGCUCGUCACGCUGUGUGUGAACCAGCUCUCGGGAUCCGAGCAUCCUUCCAUCCGAGAGCACUCAAGCCUCUUUGCACCCUGCAAAACCACACCGCAAUAUAGGGAGGAAACGGCAGAGAACUCGCUUGGGCUAGAACGCACUCCACACAGACGAUGUUUUGGAUGUAAAACUAAAUAAAUAAAUAACGUGAAGAUGGGGAAAGACCAGGAAUUGCUUCAAGCAGUGAAGACGGAGGACCUGCUUACGGUGCAGAAGCUCCUGCAGAGGCCCAAGCCCGGGAAAGCAAAGUUGCUGGGCACCGCUAAGAGGGUGAACGUCAAUUUCCAGGACACAGAUGGGUUCUCUCCACUGCACCAUGCGGCUCUCAAUGGGAACAUGGAGCUCAUCUCCAUCCUGCUGGACUCCCAGGCUAUGGUGGACAUCAGGGACCAGAAGGGCAUGCGGCCGCUGCACUACGCUGCAUGGCAGGGGAAGUCGGAGCCCAUGAAGAUGCUGCUGAAGUCUGGAUCCUCCGUCAACGGCCAGUCAGACGAGGGCCAGAUCCCCCUGCACCUGGCUGCCCAGCACGGCCACUACGACGUGUCGGAGAUGCUGUUACAGCACCAGUCUAACCCCUGUAUAGUGGACAACGCUGGGAAGACACCGCUGGACUUGGCCUGCGAGUUUGGCAGAGUCGGGGUGGUCCAGCUGCUGCUCAGCAGUAACAUGUGCGCUGCCCUCCUGGAGCCCAAGAAAGGGGACACGACUGACCCCAACGGUACCAGCCCCCUGCACCUCGCCGCCAAGAACGGACACAUCGACAUCAUCAGACUGCUGAUCCAGGCUGGCAUCGACAUAAACAGGCAGACCAAAGCGGGCACGGCCCUCCACGAGGCUGCCCUUUGUGGGAAGACCGACGUGGUGCGACUCCUCCUUGAUAGCGGCAUCAACGCGUCUGUGAGGAACACAUACAGCCAGACGGCGCUGGACAUCGUGUACCAGUUCACAGCCACGCAGGCCAGCCGCGAGAUCAAGCAGAUGCUCCGAGGUGAGAUGCUGGAGCCAGGGGGAGAUGGGGUGGAAGAUGCCUCAGCAGCACUGCAGGUCAGAGCUCUGCAGGACUACUGUAACAAUUACGACCUGACCAGCCUCAACAUCAAAGCCGGAGAUGUCAUUACCGUGCUGGAACAACACACAGAUGGCCGGUGGAAAGGCUGUAUCCAUGACAACCGAACAGGAAAUGACAGAGUGGGCUAUUUCCCCUCUACCCUGGUGGAGGUGAUCAGCAAGAGAACAGGUUCAUGGAGCACAGUCAUUAAUACCCAACAGUAUCAAAAGAUACAGCUGAGCGCGCCAGCCAGCGCGCCAGCCAGCGCCCCGGCAGCCGUGGUCAACGGCGAGUCGUGCCAUCAGUAUCAUAUCCUGCCGCCUCCUCCACCUCCGCCCAACCAUCAUCAAUCCCAUCAGCCCCUUUUCACUUCCUUUGGCUAUAACAGGUCUGAAAGCACCUCAGGAGAUCUGCCCUGUGGACAAGGUUCUCGCGGCUCGGAGUCCAGCCCUCACGGCUCGCCCACUCCCAGCGGCGGCCAGCAGGGCGGCAGCAGUGAGGAGAUCUGGGUGCUGCGCAAACCGGCGGCAGGUGGCGACCGCAGUAGUGUGGGCAGCUCGGGCAGCGUGGCUAGUGCCCGUUCCUCUGGCAGUGGGCAAAGUGCAAGCAGCACCAACAUCAUCCACGCCCAGGCAGAGGGGGUCAAGCUUCUGGCAACGGUCCUGUCCCAAUCUGCAAAGGCCAAGGAGCACCUGAUGGAACAGUCCAAGUCUCUGGAUCAGCCAUCAGGUGGCACCUUAAAGGGCUCCUCCUCACGCAGUCAGAGUGUGUCGAGCUGUCCCCUCCACGAGCAGCCAUACGGGGAGGCGGGUCCUCCGAGGAAAGGGGAGGGGCCAUCGGAGCCGAAGAGCUCAGAGGCUGUUGUCCAAUGGCUGAGCGAAUUUCAGCUGCAAGUCUACGCUCCAAACUUCAUCAGCGCGGGCUAUGACAUUGCCACCAUUAGCCGUAUGACCCCAGAGGAUCUAACGGCCAUUGGUGUGACCAAGCCAGGUCACCGCAAGAAGAUGACCUCUGAGAUCAACAAGCUCAGUAUAACGGAGUGGCUCCCCGAGCAAAAACCUGCCAAUCUGGCAGAGUGGCUAUCUAUGAUUGGACUGAGUCAGUACUACCAGGUCCUGGUCCAGAACGGUUAUGAGAACAUUGAAUUCAUCACCGACAUCACGUGGGAAGACCUGCAGGAGAUUGGGAUCACCAAGCUAGGCCAUCAAAAGAAGCUGAUGCUGGCCGUGAAGAAACUGGCUGAGUUGCAGAAGGCCACCGAGGGUCGCGGCUCCCCGCGCAAGAAGCACCCUCCCACGCAGGAAGUGAUGUCGAUCGAGAGCCCGUCCUACGAAGGCGGGGAGUGCAUGUCGCCCAAGAUGAGCACCUUCCAGGACAGCGAGCUGAGCGGGGAGCUGCAGGCGGCCCUCAGCCGACCCCCCGCCGAACGUGAGCCCAAGCCGGGGCCGCCCGAGGCCCGCCCCAACAGCAGCGGUGCCCACCCACACCCAGCAGCUGCCCAGCGGUCCCGCAGCGUCCAGGAGAACAGUCUGGGCAAGAGCCGGGACAGCGAGGAGCCCUCGCACCCCGGGCCGCCCAGGAAAGAGGCCCGCACCAUGAGGCAGAGUAGCCAGCCGGCUGGACAGAGGGGGAGCGUGUCGUCGUCGUCGUCGUCGUCUGUGCAGGGUAAGCAGCCGCGGUCGUAUCCGCAGGGGGCAGGGCCCCCCUACACCCCGCCGCAGACGCCCAAGACCAAGGGCUCGGCCCAGCAGGCCGCGGGCUCGCCAGCCAAGUCCAAACCUGGUCCGCACCUCCUCUCGCAGGGCGACCGGCCCAUGUCGCCGCGCUCCCUCCCCCAGUCGCCCACCCACAGGGUCAGCGGUCACCCGCCGCCAGCCCACUCGGGGCCCCCUCCCCCUGCGGUGGCCGUCACCUCUGCACCGGAGCCCACGGAGGUCCUCCCACCACCGGCCCCUCAGCAGUCCGCGCCGAACGUGGCCGUGCCACUCCUCUGCCUGCCACCAGAUGGCGACGGCGAGCCUGCCGAGCAGGACGAGCAGGGCCUGCCCAAGAAGCGCGCGCACAGCCUGAACCGAUACGCCGCGUCCGACAGCGAGCAGGAGCGGGACGAGCUCGGCGUACCUGCUGGCGGCGGCGGCGGUGGUAAUGGCGGCGGAGGGGGAAAGUACGCCACAGUGCAGAACCGCGUGGGCCGCAGCAACUCCAUGCGCGGGCAGGCCGACAAGAACGUCAACCGCAGCCAGUCGUUCGCGCUGCGGCCCAAGAAGAAGGGCCCUCCCCCGCCGCCGCCCAAGCGCUCCAGCUCGGCCAUCUCCAGCUCUAGCAGCAACCUCACCGAGGUGCCCGUCGAGCCCUGCAGCAGCGGCCCGCUCCUGGAGGUCAACUACCACCCGCAGCGGCGCGCCAGCGACCUGGGGGGCACCGUGGACACGGGCAGCGCUGGCAGCGUCCGGAGCAUCGCCGCCAUGCUGGAGAUGUCGUCCAUCGGCGGAGGAGCCAAGGGCCGGGCCCUGCAGAAAGCACCGCCACACUACCUACAGGUGGGCAAGCAGCAUGAUGCGAUUGGUCUGGAUGGUGAGGUAGUAAACCGCCGCAGGACCAUCAGUGGACCAGUCACUGACCUGGUGGCAGCCGCCAGGUGCCAGCGGGAGGCCAGCCUGGCACUGGGACCGGGACCAGGACCCGUGGCAACGACCUCUGACCCCAGACCAGGCCCUGAGGCCCAACCGGGUUCCGGCGGUAGCUCCGCUGAGAACCUGCCCUUCGCUGAGGAAGGCACGCUGACCAUCAAGCAGCGUCCGAGGCAGGGGAAAGGCGAGGGUGACGGAGAGGAGAUGCCCGACAGCGUUUACUCCCUGCCCCAGGCGGAGCUGUCGCGCGUGGACGCCACCGCCACCCUCAAGAGGCGCGUGCGGAGCAAGCAGCAGCAGCACGCCAACGGUGCCAAGUUCCACCUGACCGAGUCCAACACGGUCAAGCGCCGGCCCAAGAGCAGAGACAAGGACGCCGAGGACAUGCAGAACGGACAGAUGCCCAUGGUGUACCAGAACGGCACCGGCACCAUCAAAAGGCGACCGCCGUCCGAGUCUGGUGAACCACAACAGCAGCAGCAGCAGCAACAGCCAAGACCACAGGACAGUACCGAUGGGGCUCCUCCGAGGAGAGGCAGUGCUGACCUGGGUGGUCAGGGUGCCGAGACCCCACGCAAGGUCAAGCCUCCGGUGUCCCCCAAGCCAGUGCUCGCCCAGCAUAUGAAGAAGCAGGGGGUAGUAGUGUCCACCUCAAAGAAAGCCCCCUUCCCUGGACCCGGGGGACCAGCUAGUCCAGUCGAGGGAAAGAAAAUACCUCCUCCAGUUUCGCCCAAACCUGCUCCGCCGCCGACCGCCCCAAAGCCGAAGAAUGUCCUCCCGUCGAUGAACGCCAGCCCCGGCACUCCCACGCCCUCCCCGGCCAAGCAGCUGGUGCCGGCGGCGUCAACACCCAAGAUCUCGGGCACCUCCCCCACCCCCGUUCCUGCCAUCCCCGCACCGACGCCCUCCAAAACCUCCAGCCCCCCCGCCCAAAGCCCGCAGACGCCCCAAACGCCACAGACCCCGCAGACGCCUCAGACGCCCCAGACCCCCCAGACCCCCGGCCCGUCACCCAGUCCCCUGCCCACGCCCCCGCCCGUCAAGCCUCCGCGCUCCUCCAUCAGCGGAGUGUCCAUGGACGCGGCGGCCAGCGGAGGGCCCAACACACCCGGGCCGGGGGCUGCAGCGAGUCCCGGAGCAGCGGCCAGUCCCGGGACGCUGGGACCCGCGGCGGUGGUGCCCGAGGCCGUGCAUCAGAAGCUGGAGGAGACCAGCGCGUCUCUGGCCGCAGCGCUGCAGGCUGUGGAGGAGAAGAUCAAAGAGGAAGGGCACAAAGACUCGGUGGUGGAGCAGAAGAGCACAGGGAGCAUCCUGGACGACAUCGGCAGCAUGUUCGACGACCUGGCUGACCAGCUGGACGCCAUGCUGGAGUAGACAGAGCACAGACGGGCGUCGCCGCGGCAACACCUCAGGACCCCAGAAGGGCACAAGGGCACAAUGACGACCAACCGACUCCCACGACCCCCCACCCCCCCCCUCUCCACCCGGACCCCAAACCCUGCACUCAACCAGUCAUAAUGACCAACCAACUCCUACCCUCCCAAAACCCUCUUCCUCCGGCCCCUAAACACCACCCCCAACCACCUCUCCUCUCCUCUCCUCCCUGUCAGACUGCACAACUCCCUGAUGAAGUACCUCAGGACUGCAGGGCUAGAUCACGGCUCCUCGAGAGACGUUGAGAGUUCGUCACGUCAAAAGGAGCGGGACCGGCGAAGCAGGGCCGGCAAAGCCUCACCACCACAGUGGCAUAAACAAAAAAAAAAAAAAAAAAAAAAAAGGACUGUCCGUCUGUCCACUUGGUUUGGGUUAUUUUCUUUUUGUACAAGUCAGAGUCCCUUAAAUAUUUCAAGCUAUUGUGAGAGAUAACUAGCAAAAACAAUACAAAACAAUAUGAAAUGAUGACAUUGAUAAAUGAUUAAAAAAAAUAUGGUAUGUGUACAUUGUAAGCAUGAGGAAAGUUUAUAUCUAAAAGAAAAUCUCAUAGUGAGAGUCAUGCAUUAGUACAGUAAUAUAUAUAUAAAUAUAUAAAUAUAUAUAAAACAUUUUUACGUUUUUAAUUUAAUGUUCAAUGUUCCAAGUGUUAUCAUGUUUUAAAAAUAUGGACCUUUCAUGACAGAUACAAAGAAGAAAAUACAUAGAUAUAUAUAAAUAUAUAUAUAUAUAACCAAACAGGACAAAAUAUAAUCAGUCCCUUGAUGUAUUGAGGCACUAGUGUUGCCUUGCUGAAGAGUGUUGUCUGCUAUGUUGACUCUGCUAUGACAUCAUUGCAGUGGCAGUGUACCCUGCUUCAUGUUCUUGCUUUGGGCCCCUAUUUUGAACUGCGUGUCCAGUUCUCAGUCACCGUUCCCGCUGUGCAGAUCCACGAAUCCGUUGCGUUCUCAAGCACAGGCCCCCCUUCCACCUCCCUCUCACCCACCUAUCUACAACCGUCCUUCAGCCCCCAAAUCUGUAACCCUGCCCCCCCCCCCCACUCCCCACCCUCUCCACCUCCUGCUCCGCCCGAUUUCCCUGUCCUGGCCAGUGUCCUGUGUGCCUUAAAGUGACAGGUGACCUUAGCGCUGCUAACAAGACCACAUACACACACACACACACACACACACACACACUCAUGUCCAAGAUAGAGCAAAUCACACACGACGUGGUUCCUUUUUGACCUGUGUCUGAUGCAUGAACAGAGAGCAUGCACCUGGAUUCAGACUCGGGCGUUAUGCCUCAUCCAUCCUCUCUUUGUGAAAUGGAGAGUGCAUAGAAGGAAGUGUGUCGAAGUGCUGUGUGUAGGGGUCGGGGUUCUCAUGGAAAAGCACAAAGAAAAAAAGAUGGCCUCCUCUCCGGAACGGCUCUCUGUACGGUUGGUGGAGGUGGAAGGUUCGAGGGACAAGUGCAAGUGGCUAGCUGACUUUCGGUGUGACGGCGGUUGGCUGAGAAUGUUAGUGGACAGAUGGCCUCUUUUUAUUAACCUUUUGGUUUCCUGACGUAUAGGCCAGUGAGCGCGUGUGUAUGGAUGUUGUGUAGCUCCUUAUUCCCUGGCUGGCUGUGGUGUGGUGUGGUGUGGUGUAGUCUAGAGUGGCGUGGGGCAGUGUGAUGCCUCAUCUGUGGUCAUCCUCUGUGGACCCCAUCCUGAGGCUCUGGAGCUUGUUAGACAGCCUCAGGAGCCAGGAGUGCCGUUUGGAGGCAGUGACUGUUUUCACUGGAAUGGCCGGCUGUGACGGGUCAAUCCUUCAUGUAGCUCUCUGAAGUGUCUGGAUGGCUGCUGCUGCUCCAGCUCAUUAUGGCCCAAACCACUGCUCUGCUUCUCUGUCUGUCUCUCUCUCUCUAUCUCUCUCUGCCUGUCCCUCAUGCUCGCUUUCUUUCUAUCUGUAUUUUCCUAUUUAUAAGAAAGGCCAUCAGUCAAGGCUGCAGUAGCAGCAGUUUUCAAUUUGAGAUGGACCGCGGGUGAGAGUCUGCGAGAGCGCCUGGGAGCAUGCUGAGAGCAGACGGACAGCAGUGUGAUGGAUCACUUGAUGUCUGAGCAGCAUCAGACUAACGGACAGCAGUGUGAUGGAUCACUUGAUGUCUGAGCAGCAUCAGACUAAGCACUCUUGAGUUGCUGGGUCUCUUUUUUUUCCCCUUCUCUUCUCUCCUGCCUCUUUCUUCCCUUCUUUUUUCAGGUGAGCUUGUGAACCAUUUCCUUUCGUUACCUGAGUGACAAAAUCAACAGAUCUGUCUCUUUCUUAGUCUCUCUCUCUCUCUCUCUCUUCUGCCCUCCUUCACCUCAACACUUUUUCAUAGUCUCUGAAUGUCAUUAUCUCAUCGUCAGCAGAGCACUCAAACGGCCUCAUUAUUUUGCUAACCAUCUCUGAUGUUGCCAUGACAAUCACUGAGCUCAUUAUUUUAAUUGCCAUUGCCACAGUAUCCAAGAGAUGUUCCUACGGCGAUCAGUGUGUGACUAGAAUAAGGAACAGGACCCCAGAGGGAAGGAGACAAGCCAAACAUUUCCAAAUCAUGAAAAAUAAAUAAGUGAAAACAAACCCACCACAUAGGAAAAUUCCAGAGGUCUGCUCCAUGGCUCAGCAUUCUUGCAAUAGUUCCAGAAAUGCUUUUUUUUUCUAGUUAGCUAGGCUGAGAGAAUGUUUGUGAUAUGUUAAGUUAUGUAAACAUAAAUUAUAUAUUAAUAAUUAAAAAAGAAAGUAUUUAAUAAUUAUGUGCAGCAACCUGAAGGCUUUUAGAGUGCAGAUAUUUGGGGGAAAUGAACUAAAUGAAUUUUACUGUCAGAUUUUCCCUGUGUUCUAAGGUAAAUACAUUGUACAAGAAAACACUUUUAUAUUUUUUUUCCUUUUUUUCUUGUUUUAUUUGUGGUCAAAUGUUCACGUAGUUUCAUGAUAAGUUGUAUAUUAUGCAAUGUUACGUUUUGAGAACAUGUACGUGCCUUGCUUUGUGUUUUCAUUUGUGCUCAUUCCAAUGGUCGUCUCAUAAGGAGUCCAUUAAUAAUGUACAUACGUGCGUGUAUACUAGGGCAAGGAACUGUUUUGGACAUUUCUGGUCAGCUCGUUGGCCGCUUUUCCCACACGUGGGUCGACUAACCCUAGGUCUACGCUUGAGAGAAGGGCGUGAGAGCCUGGAAAGCCAGCUCUCCACUCAUUACGGUUUGAGGUCUAAACAUGAAAUGGACUUUGCCUUUAUUUUUUCUUGUUCAUCCAACCAUUACUGCUCUUCUGUCUUCAAUUUUCCUGUGUAUAUAUAUAUAGAUGGAUGUUUGUCACUGUGGACCCUCAUCCCCCUUUUUUAAGAAAAAAAAAAACAAUGUGUCUGUUCAUUCAUUCCUCAGUUUCAGUCAAUUUCUUAUUGUCUUAUUUUUGUUUGUUUGUUUGCUCGUUCCCUUGGAGACAACCUCUAAGGGAUGGAAAACAUAAUGAGAAAAAAAAGAAUGGAAACGUUGAAAAUCGUGAAAACAAUGGUCAAAACUUGUUGUGGUGAGAGAUAUUGUUUGGUUAGUGAAAAUAAAAAAUAAAGCUGUUUCAAUUUAUCCUGUUUGCAGAGAUGUACAACAAAAAAAGAUUUUUUUCUGCACUGCUCCUGUGUGCGGGCCGUUUGUGUUGACGUUCUGCCAUUGACUUGUAUGAUCCCUACUGUGGCUGGCAAUGGGAACAGUGGUGUGCUUGCAGUGACUGCAUCAACGACCAUCUGCUCUAAAUAAAUGUUAUUUACAAA